UUUCCACUUUUUCUCUUUUGUCAACAUUCAUAUGAAAAUCUUUAGCUAGCUAUCAACCCUCGACCACUGGUUCUACCAGUAAGGUUAGCUAAUAGUUACUUGAUAAAAAUGUAUGUUUUCCCCUAACGAUUUAGCUAGCACACUAAAGGAAACGAUAUGGGUUAUUUUCAAAUUAGCUGAAAACGUGCAGUAUCGUAUUGAGAUAGAAGUAGCCUAAGUCCCGAUUGGAGAAGGGCUCUUCCAGUGGAGCAGCCUGGAGUGAGUGACCAACCAUGGGCCGUCUGGACGAUGCUGCCAAGCGCAAGGUGGUGGAGCUGCGGCAGGCGGGCUUGAGCUUCCGCAAGAUCAAGGCGGUGCUGGAGCUGGAGAACAUCCGGGUGUCUGCCCAGGCCAUCUACCUGUACCUCAAGGAGUUCCAGAGGAAGAAGGUCCAGAGGGGUGGUGAAAGUGCUGCAGCCCCAGACCCACAGACCACACCUGGGGUUGGGCCAGGGAGGGGAGAUGGUGGAAGCCGGGAGGGCUGGAAUGACCAGCAAAUACGGAAUCUACUGCGGGAGGCGUCACGCCACGCAGGCUAUGUUGCGGCAUCAGAGUUCGCCAAACAGUGUCCUGGGUCCACUCCUCCUGAAGUCAGGGGUCAGGGGCCGUCUGGGACAGGAGGUGAAGGCGCCAGCAGAGGACAGAGCAACAGGACAGAGAAACAGGAGGAAGGGAACAAGAAGGAGGAUGAGGAUAAGGACAUCCAGAUUGUCAGUGUCACAUCAUUGGCUCAGAACUCUCAACAGAGGGGUCUUCCACCCGCAGGAGCAGCGGCUGUGACUGUGACAGGGGCCUACAUGCGUAAGAGAGCCACGCCCUCUCCAGCUACUAACCCCAUACUGGCAGCACGCAAAAGGCUUCUGGAUAAGGCUUUGUCUCAUAGAGCAAAGAUAAGAGACUCUUCUUAUCAGUCCUACCAGCAGGUAGCAGCUCUGCUGAGAAGAGAACAGUCUAAUGCUCUUGGUUCUGAUGUCCAGAGACCUGUGGCAGCAGAUCAACCACAGUCAUAUGACCCAGUCGCUCAGAGGCUUACUCAAGUGAGGAAUUUGGAUGGCCAGCAAGGAGCCAGUGUUCCCAGACACAUGUUCCAGCAGAGAGUCGGUGGCCAAGCUGUCCGCUCCCCACACCCUGCUCCUCCCCGUGUGGGCAUCCGGCUCCCCAACCCCCCACCACCGCCACCCACCUCCCAGGGUAGUAGCCCUGUCAUCCGCCUCCAAAGCCCUGGGAGCCAGGGCAUGAACCAGGGCCUUCUCAGGAGAGACAGGAACCCCAGCCCUCAGCAGGCAGCUCACCAGGAGGCUGGAGGGAGAUGCGGGGGAGGGAGUGGUGGGGGUCUCCAGGAGCAGGUCCAGACCCUGGGCUCUGAGAUCCACAGCCUGAGCCUGGCGGUGCGCAUGCUGGUGGAGCAGCAGUACCGACUGGAGAGGGAGCAGGUCCAGCAGACCCAGGUCCAGAGGCAGAUUCUCAGCACCCUGCAGACCCUGGCCUCCAGACUGGAGGCACCCUGUACCAGCCUCCACCAGCAGCGACAGCAUCCCAAAACUCCCCCACCCCCGGUCUUACCUGCCUCAGGCUCUGCCUCCUACAGCCAGGACACGUUCCCCUUCAGCCAAGGAGGGUAUGCUCAGUGUAGCCAGGCCCAGCCCAGCUACAACGGGAUGGACAGCUCCAGUCUAGAGACCAUAGAGACCUUCAAACUGUCCGGACAGAGCCCCCAUGGCAUCAACGGCUUCCAGACAGGCAGCAUCAGUAGUACCACCGAUAGCCUCACGCUCACACACACCCCGACAUACACGCUGGCGCACACACAGCCUUACUCGUCAGCCUACACACAGCAGCCACACACUCAAACACACAUGCCCUCAUGCACACAGUCUUACGCCACCACAUACACGCAGUCACACACACAGUCCUAUAGAGGAACAGACAGUACAGACUAUCCCAGCACCAGCACAGAGGGAGCUCUCCAGGACUGUAUGGCCCCCACCCAGGCCUCUGUUGACCUGGACUCAGACAUCACAGUCUCCCCACAGGAAACCCAGCUCAACAUCAUUAAAGUAGAGGCACUCUAACAUGCUGACCAGACCGUGCGUGUGCGUGCGCCAUCGUGCGCAUGUUGAUUUUGUCCACCCACACCAGACGCAAUCAGGACACGCAGGUUGA